AUGUUCAACUCGAACCUCAGUCUGACCGUGCCAUCGCUCCUGGUCAUGGAGGGUGGCACACCCCGGACGCCGGAGAUCCUGAACUCGCUCAUGGCCAUGACCAACCCGCUCGAGUAUGCGUAUCCCGUCAACACGUCGCAGAACUCACUGAACGACAGCCAUUCCAACAGCUCCGACUCUCCGCUGGACUCACCGGCUAGUCAUCACCAGCAGCAUCAAUCGCAGCAUCACCAUCUUCUUUCUGGCAAGACGCCGAGCGUACAGCAGACAUGCUCGCAACUAAUUAAAGAAGGUGUGAAGCUGUUGAUUCAGAACAAGCGAAAGCACAGCGGCGGAGACUCGAGCGACGGAAACGAGUCCAACACGCCCAAGGCGAAGGUGGCCCGGCGGCGGGAAUUGUCCAUGACGGACCAUCGGGAGACCAGCGAAGACGACAUGGAUUCGAAGGCGAGUCCUCGCUCCACCGUUGCGUUAACACCGGAAGACGAGGACCGGCGAAGGCGACGCCGUGAACGGAACAAAAUCGCCGCCACCAAGUGUCGCAUGAAGAAGCGCGAGCGCACGGUCAACCUUAUCCAGGAGUCGGAAACCCUUGACGCGCAGAACAAGGAGCUAAAGUCACAGGUGAGCAAGCUGGAAACCGAACGCCGCAAGCUGAUGGAGGUCCUGCAAGCGCACGGGCCAACGUGUGUCCACCAGAAGGGCUAUCAGCCUCUACCGUCGCUGUCCACCAUCACCGGAAGCGGUAGUACCGAGCUGGCUAACAAUGGCAGCAAUGGGAAGUAUCUGACCGAUCUGAACUACCUCGAUCCGGGCGGUAACCCCGAGCAGGGUAGUGGGGAAAUCAAGUACUCCGAGUGCCUGAAGUCGGUGGCUCCUAAUGGCUCGCCAAUGGAUGACUUCACCAAGCAGCAGGACGCUACCGGUUCGUUACUUCCACCUGGUUACUGCAAGCUCUCACCUACGGAGUCGACGAGUUUUCUUCUGGAUGGAAGCACGGAACUAACCGCAGACGGUGGCGAACCGUACCCUCAGCCAAAGCCUGAAUUCAUUCUCGGAUCGACCGGAACAUCCACUACAACCUCGGCAACCAACAACACCCGGCAGCAGCCGAAGACGAAUGGACGAGCGAAACCUGGACCGAAACCCCGGCAAUCGCGAGCUCAGCAGAAUUCCUCCACCAAGACUACUCCAACAACGGCAGUGACCCCAGCGACGACCAAUGUGACUUCCCUCAGCAACACGACUACCGUCAGCUCCUACAGCAACACCGGCAGCACCAACAAGGGAAAUCCUCUGAUCGCGGCCACUCUCAUGACCACCACACCCGCUUCCUCGCCCUCUUCCGUGGCUUCCCCCCUGACGGUGUCCAGUUCGGUGUCGUCGGUGGGCGUCAUGAAUCCAAUGGUGGGUCUCGGGGCACCCGACGACGACGACUUCAUCCUGAAGAGCGAACUCAUCGACACGAACAGCCCAUACACGACGGUUCAGAGCGCGGACCGGUUUCUCUUCGACGCAACGCUCGACCUGUACAACAACAACGCCCACAGUCCACUCACCGGUGGGCUCAACUGUGGGACUUCCCAGCAACACCACCAUCAUCACCUGCAACCACAAACGCAGCAGCAUCAACACCAGCAGCACAAUGGAAACCUCAACAACAACAACCCGAACCUGCUGAACGAAAACGACAAACUGAAUCACCUUAACGCGAUCAAGGAUAACACCUCCAACACGCUGCUGGAGUUCAGUGCCAGCUUCGACGGACUGAAGCCCAGCACGAUGGACUACACGCAACAGCAACCGAUGGACAACCAGCAACAUCAACAACACUCGAACGGAAUGCACCAUCAGCAACAGCUCGGAAGCUUACUGGGAGGUGACCCAACGCUUGGCCAUCUUAUCCAUCACCACCACCAGCAGCAGCAGCAGCAGCAACCGCAACAGCAGCAUCACCAUCAACAUCACCUUCAACAGCAGCAUCAGCAACACCAGCAGCAUCUCAAUCAACAGCACCAGCAUCAUCUUCAGCAGCAACAUCAGCUGCAGCAGCAACUUCAACAACAUCAUCUCCAGCAGCAACAGCAGCAGCACCAGCAGCAGCAACACCAGCAGCAGCUCGUCAACUCGGCGCUGGACAUACUCGGUCCCGUAACGAAUGAUUUCCUACUCUUUGGCGACGACGACCCGAGCGAAGUCGCCGACCUAGACAGCACGAUAACGGCGUACAACAGCAUCAACGGGUGUCUAGCGUGA